GCGGGCUGUCCGCGCUCGGCCCGGUCGCUCCCUCCGCGCUGGGGCCCGCCCGCGGGGCCGGCCGCCUGUCAGAGGGAGGUGGCGAUGGUGCGCCCGGUGGCGGUGGCGGCUGCGGAGGCUUCCCUGGUCCGAGCGCAGGGAGGAGAAGAUGACUGACCGACCGACUGAAUGACUGAAUGAAUGAAUGGAGGAGCCGAGCGCGCCAUGAGGAGCCUGCCGAGCCUGGGCGCCGUCGCCCUGUUGUGCUGCGCCGCCGCCGCCGCCGCCGCCGCCGCCUCGACAACCCCGGCGGGGAAUGUCACCGGUGGCGGCGGGGCCGCGGGGCAGGUGGACGCGUCGCCGGGCCCGGGGCUAGGGGGCGAGCCCAGUCGCCCUUUCUCUAAGGCGACGCCUCCCACGGCCCAGGCCCCGCGGACCGGAGCGCCGCGCACUACUGUCCACCGGCCCCUGGCUGCGUCCUCCUCAGCCCAGUCCCCGGAGACCACCCCUCCUCGGGCGACGGCCGGACCCGCCGCGACCACCUUCCAGGCGCCGCUCAGCCCCUCGCCCACCGCCCCCCCGGCGGUGGACCGUACGCCGACCGCCCCUCGCGCGACCACCGGACCCGCGCCGACCACCCUCUCGACGAGCACUGGCCCGGCGCCGACCACCCCUGUAGCGACCACCAUUCCGGCGCCCACCACUCCGCUCACCCCGACCCCCGUGCUCCCCGGCGGCAGCGGCGUCCCGCCCACCCCACCUGCCACCGAGGCGCCCUCUCCCCCUCCCCCAGAAUAUGUAUGUAACUGCUCUGUGGUGGGAAGUCUGGAUGUGAAUCGCUGCAGCCAGACCACAGGGCAGUGUGAGUGCCAGCCACAUUAUCAAGGGCUUCACUGCGACAUCUGCAGGGAGGGCUUUUACCUGAAUCACACGUCUGGUCUCUGCCUGCCGUGUGACUGUAGUCCACACGGAGCCCUCAGCAUACUCUGCAGCAGUUCUGGGAAAUGCCAGUGCAAAGCGGGCGUCACCGGCUCUACAUGUGAUCGAUGCCAAGAUGGAUAUUAUGACUUUAGUAAGAGUGGCUGCUUGCCCUGCCAAUGUAAUAAUCGGUCUGCCACUUGUGAUGCCCUCACAGGUGCUUGUUUAAACUGCCAGGAAAAUAGCAAAGGGGAUCACUGUGAAGAAUGCAGAGAAGGAUUUUAUCAGAGUCCUGACGCCACAAAAGAAUGUCUUCGCUGCCCUUGUUCAGCAGUGACAUCUACAGGCAGCUGUAUCAUAAAACUGGAUGACUUGGAGCCUACGUGUGUCCAGUGCAAAGACGGUUACACAGGCCGGAACUGCAACACCUGUGAAAACGGCUAUUACAAUUCUGACAGCAUCUGUACCAAGUGCCAAUGUCAUGGCCACGUGGACCCAAUUAAAACUCCAAAGGUUUGCAAGCCUGAGAGUGGUGAAUGCAUCAGCUGCCUCCAUAACACCACUGGGUUUUGGUGUGAGAACUGUCUGGAAGGCUAUGUCAGAGACCUCGAGGGAAAUUGCGUCAAGAAAGAAGUUAUUGUUCCAACACCUGAAGGUUCUACCAUUUUGGUUUCCAAUGCCUCUUUGACCACAUCAGUGCCCACCCCUGUUAUAAAUAGUACAUUUACCCCCACAACCCUGCAGACUAUCUUUUCCGUAAGCUCUGCUGAAAACAGCACAUCAGCUUUAGCUGAUGUUUCAUGGACCCAGUUUAACAUCAUCAUUUUGACAGUCAUCAUCAUUGUGGUGGUGCUGCUGAUGGGAUUUGUGGGGGCCGUCUAUAUGUACCGGGAGUACCAGAACCGGAAACUCAAUGCCCCCUUUUGGACCAUCGAGCUCAAAGAAGACAAUAUCAGUUUCAGCAGCUACCACGACAGCAUUCCCAAUGCAGAUGUGUCAGGACUGUUGGAAGAUGAUGGCAAUGAAGUGGCUCCCAACGGGCAGCUGACCCUGACGACACCCAUACAUAACUACAAAGCCUGAGGAGCUAGAACUGUCACCCUGGAUCGGUAGAGCACAGGGCUUACUAAGACAGCAUCGGCUCCUGGGCCACAUGAGGCCUGGGCAGAGUUUGCUGAGAAAGCAGAGGCGUAUAGUGCAUCUGGAAGUUUCAGGUACAAAUGUGUAAUGCACUGGCCUAUUACUCUUAGUUUCCCCAUGAAGCUCCGAAGCAGUCACUGUCAAUAAGGACUUGUAGUAAAGUAUAUUUUUGUACCCAACGACAUGGGAGUAUAGAAAGGCCGAACCCCACAGUGCAGCCCACAUCUACUUUGACCUCCGAAUAGACUCCUGGGGAAGUGCUCACCAAACCAGCGGAAACACGGUGAUGGAAGUGGAGGGGGAGGACUCCAGGAAGACUUCAUCUCCAUUCCUGAAACACCUUUUUUUAAAGGAAGGUCAGGGAUGAUACUCCUUUAACUGUGCUAAAAGACAUCACUGCAGAAAAGCUUAAUGUCUGGGCGGUCUCACAAUAAACAAUCCCGAUUGUUUCCAGAAUAGGGGCGGAAAAGUCUCAAGAGGAUCUUUAGAAAAGCUUGAUUUUUCCUUCCCAAAUUCUUGCUCAAUGAUAGGAUCCAAGCACGGGAUAAGCUUCUAAUGGUAGAAACAGGAAACAGGAAGGUGACAUCUGGUAGCAGGAAGCUGAUGGUCCUCCUUAGGGUCUCAGUGUAGAUGAUGAAUUGUCUAAAAAUAAGGACUGCUCCUGCCUCUAGAGAAGUAAGGUGUAUAUAGUGAAUGUAGCAUAUCUGGUCAACAUUGUUUUUUGUAUCUAUUUGUAAAAAAAAAAAAUCAUGUCAUAUUUUAUCAUCUAGAAACUAUUUGUACAGCAGUUAAUGGCGUUGUAAAAAGAACAUAUGGGGAUUGGUUAAAAUAUGACAUAGGUGGCAAUAUUGCUGGAGCUGGGACUCUGGUGAACGUCAGUCAUUUUUGGUCCCUCUUUGGACACUGUUGAAAUUUGUAAGAGGUUGAGUGUUUCCAACCUUUCUUUCCCUUUCUCGGUCUCAAAGUAGAGUUACACGUUCUUUGACUUACUAGACAUUCAAGCAAUAGAUUUUUAAGGCCGUGAUUGUUAAGCUGGGAUGCAGGCUGCACUCUCUAAAGUACUCACCUGAUUAGACGUUAGCCAGUCUAUAUAUUUUACAUAGAUCAAUGUAGAACACAUCCUCAUGAAAAAAAAAUGUUUUUAAGUGUAAAAGACAGUCUUCCAGAGGAAUUAGAAAUAUUUUAGUUCCAAAAGAAAAGCCAUGAUAUCACUUGGGAUCCCCUGUUUUUCAUGCCUGUGAAAUAUUUAUUAUAUUCUUCCUCCCCGCUCGAAAAAAUACCUUCCACAUUUGAACGUAGUUUGUCACCCGUAGGCCGCGAGGUGUCUGCUAUCUUCCUGCAGGGCUACAGUUUUGCCGUUAGAGGUAGCUCUGUGGUUCGGUGGGUACAGUUAGUCCUUGCUUUUGGACCCGGUUGUUCCCUCGAGGCCACCUACUGUUGCCCUCGUCUGUUAUGAUAUCGACAGGUUGUGGGUGCAGCAAGCCAGGAAAAGCAGCCAGAAGUCAAAUAUAGAUAUUUAUUAGGAGGAACCGCAAACUGUCAGGUGGCGAGAAAAGAAGCAAAGGUUUGUUAGAUUAGACCUAGAACAUCCAAGUUGACAACCUUGCCUGCCUUCCCCGGAGAAACACCUGGAAUUUGUUCAUCCCUCUGUAGGAGACCCCUAAGCUUUCUCAGGUUUUAGAGAUGACGUUCUGGAGGAUGGACAGAUAGAUAGUCCAGUUCUGUAACCUGAGGUGCUCUGAAUAUUUGGCCAUUGCUCAUGAGAGGAGAGGAUACAUUACAUUGCGUUAUAUUUUAAAAAUCAGUGGAUAUUCCUAUAGGCCUUUGCAUUUCGCAAAGCCCAUUUCCACACGUAUGUCCUCCGUUCCUCACCCUAGCCCCUUGAGGAAGUAGUUGUUGUCCCCAUUUUACAGAUGAGGUUAAAUGUCUCACUCAAGGCUGCACAAUAUGUCAUUAUCAGGCUUGGAAUCGGGCCUCCUGACUCUGAAGCACAUAUAUAUUCUUUCAAAUCUAGGCCAAUGUAGAAACUGCUAGCCAUGGACAGAGAGGCUGGGAGGGACUGUCCCGUCUGUGAAUGUUUCCAACUUCGUGAGUACAAGGUACAGUCCAGGGCCAUACAGCUGGGAAGGGCUUUGUGGAAAGGACCCUGGAGAAUGACUGCUUGCGGCCAGUGUUGGCGACAAGAAAACAAAUCUACCGGUUUUUGUGCUUCCUCAAAGAGAACUGACCCUCGUGAGCAGGGAGGGAAAUGUGUUUUCCCCAGCAGCCCCCACUAACGCACGGGCAGACUGAGCACUGCACAGUUCCAAGGAAGGGGGCCUGUCUCCCAGACUGCACCCCUCAAGGUGAGGGGUUGAGCGUGGUGGGAAAUAAGCACUGGUUACACAGAAGUUACCCCAGUAGAGCAAGCGUGAGUGUUGGUCGGGGUCUGAGAGCCAAAGCCAAAUAGUCCAGAUUCUGGCCAUAGAGAGGUUGCUUGAAAGAGAGCCUGAAAGGCAUUGCAAACAUUGAAUCACAAGGAACAUUAAUCGCUAAGGAAUUACUGACAGCUCCUACGUCAGGUUCUCAAUUUUUCCGAGUGGAAAAAAAAAUUGAGGUCUUAAAACUGGUUUUAAGUAAUAUUCUUUAGCGUCCCCUGCUUUUUGCUGGCGGAAAUAAUUUUGCUCUAGAAUAUAAAUCAAUCAUGAAGUGAUCUACCGGCAAAAUCAGACUAGGAAACUACUAUGGAAUGCAUUGCACACGUUCGUUCCUCUGAAGGCAGGGUCUCCCUGAGCUAUGACGUUUCACACCAGGAUCCCGUCGGUCUUCUAGAAAGAUCAUAUUGGAAGACCUUUUGAAUAAGUGUUAGAAAUGUGUUUAUUUUUGAUUAAGACUAAUGUGACCCUUACUGGUAAAUGACAGAUACUGCUAUUAAGUGAUCAUUUUGUCUUCAUUCAUUCAUGUUCAUAAGCCCUGACGUAUUUCUGACAGAAAUCCUAGGUAGUGUUGUAAAAUAUGUCUGUCCUCCCUUAUUGUUCCCUCCCUCCCUGCACUGGCUAGCUCCUAGAUAUCUCUUAUGAAUGGAAUUUCUCCAGUGAUAGAGAAAAAUGGUGACAGAAACGAACGCUCAUUUAUACUAAGGUCCUAUGGAUUUAAUGUGUUACCACUCUUCGGGAUAACCUGCAUUUUAAGAGAGAACAGAGCAGAUGUGACGUGGGAGGAGAGAGAUUUUGGGGGAGAGGAUUUGUAGAGGUGUCAAAUUAUAUGGCUACUCUCUAGCCCUAACUUUCCCCAGAAAACGGAUCAUUAAAGCAAUACUCAUGACCCCACUAGUUCAUUUUGGUCAGAGAGUGCCUUCCGGACGUUUAGCCCUUCUCGUGCUGUUUUGGAGGCAGAGAACUAAAGCAAUAGAAUGUCUUCCUAAGAGCUUCAGUCGGGACGGGGUUAUCAGAUCAUUCACCACGGUCCUAUAUUUUUUGUAGGACUUAUGGUAAACAUAACACCACUUGUAAUGAACAUUCCCUGGUUCUUAUGCUUUGAAGUGUGUGGGUAGGAGUUGAAUCUGCACAUCUCAAGGAAAGAAAUCUCUCUGAUAAAAAGUUGAGAGAAGUACAGAGCAACCCAGCGUAACCUGUUAGAGCAAGGAAAGCAUUUCUGGCCUCAUCCACAAAGACUUUUGGUCCGUUAUGAUCUUGACGGCAUGGGGCUUGGGAACUAACAUGAGUUUGGCGUGUGUGGGGGAGUGAUGAAAGGUUAGCACAAUUUUCCUCUUUAACCCUGAGCCAGUGACCAUGCCGAGGGAAAAAGCAGGAAGAACACACCGAUUCAUCCGAAGACAUCAGAUCACGUCAAAUGGACUGAAGGUUAUGGAUCGUUAAAAUGGCAGUGGUUGAAUGAUGCUUUUUCAAAGGCAGUUGGGAACCCCUGUUACUCGUAACUUACACACAGGCAAGAAUUGUGACGGUGGUGAGCACAUGAGCCCAGGGCUUCUGAGCCAACUUAGCCCAAAACCCAGUGAUUCACAGCUGAGUUUUAAUGCUAGGCACUUGCACUCUGCCAUAGGUUACAUCUUAGCCCGGGCUAUUAGGGGAUGUUCCUAAAACAUUAAACUCCUAUGUAUGUCACUAAAAUUCUAACACAAAUUCUAAAAACGUGUCUCCUACAGAUGCUGUACUAGGCUUCAUGAUGCAUUUCUAAAUUUGUGUAUGAUUUGAAUAUAUGAAAGAAUUUAUACAAGAGUGUUAUUUAAAAUUAUUAAAAAAAUAAAUGUAUAUAAUUUGUACCUAUUGUAGAUUUGUUGUUUUCCUUUUUUGUGUGUGUGGUCAGUGUUGUUGGAAGUCUUUUAAUAUAUGUCACAGAGCAUCUAUUUUCAAACCACUUCAUGAAAAUCUUUGAACCCUUUGUUGAUUUACUAUGCUUUUUGUUUUAAGUUCCUUUAAAUCAUGUUUUCCACUUAGGAACAAACAUGCCACGAGAUUCCCCCUCUUGGAACAAAACAAAACAACCUGAGGGGGGGGAAAGCAUAUAUUAACAGAUAUUCUUAUUUGUACUUUUGCCUCUACCCUAUGAGAUUCAUUAGGCUUUCCAUGAAAAUUUUAAAGAAAAAACGUGCUCCUUUUAAAUUUUGUUUUCAUACAUAUAAAAUUUUUCCUUUCUUCAUAUAAAUCUGAAUGGAACCAUGUUCUAUAUGUUUAUUAGACAGCCUGCAAUGAGAGUACAUCUUUUUAUGAUUUUGAGGAACCCAUGAAGAUCCUGUAUUUUGACAAAGCUCAAUGGUAUUUAAUGGGAUGCCAUCUAGAGAUCCUAGGGGCACUUUGAAAAAAGAAAAAGUAGGUCAGGCCUUUCUUUGUGCUGAGAGCUUUAUUAUGUUUUCAAUUUUUUUAAGUUUAUUUAUUUUUGAGAGAGAGAGGGAAAAAGGGAGACAGAGGAUCCCACAGAGAAUCCCUGAUGCAGGGCUUGAACUCACAAACCCAGAGAUCAUGACCUGAGCUGAAAUCAAGAGUUAGAAGCUUAAAGGACUGAGCCAUCCAGGCACCCCUGUGCUGAGAGGUUUGUAAACUUCAGUCGGUUUAUUCACCUUCAGGUGGUUGCUAUUUAAACUUUAAAACCCUGUUUUUCCUUUCUUUUCUAGUCAUCCAAGAAAAUAAGUUGUAUUGCUCUAUAAUCCUACCUUAUAUGUUUCUAUAUGUAAUUCUAUACAUGUAGUUCUAUAAUGUAUACAAUUUGGGUAUUAUUUUAAGGGACCAGAAUAAGCAUGGCAGAAAUCUAAGUAAAAUUUCAAAAGAAAUAUGUGUACAAUGCCAAAAAGAUUACUUUUAUAGUACUGUAUUCAUACCUUGGAUGAAAGUGCAUCAAAGAUAUUUACUAGUUUAGCAAAAUUGGGUGUAUUCGUUUUCCAUGGGAGUAUAAGUUGCAUAUGUUUUACAAAAAUUCCACAUGCUCCAUUAUAGUUAAACCAGUAACUUCCAAGUAACAAUUGUGUUUAGUUACAUUUAUAAAGUUAAGCUAAAUUCAAAAAAACAAAAUGUUUUUCAUGAGGUGAUUAUAUUAGAAGUGUUAACUGACAGGCUUAAAAGUGAUAUUUUAAGUGAAUGCUAAAAAGACAUCCUUUUUACAUAUAAAUUAGCCUUUCAAGGCAAUUUUAUGAAAAGAUUAUUGUAGUACUUCUUGUGCAGGCUUUCUAAUACUUCCACUUACAAAAUGAAAGCCAUCACACAACGUUAAAUGUGUUAUUUGUAUUAAAACGUAGGUUUUAAACCUUGUAUGUCAAGCACUGAACUUUCAGACAGUUGCACAAAACACCGGCAAAAUGUUUUCCUUUGUAUUUAGUAAGAGCAGGUUUGGGGUAAUAAAGGAAGUGUUUGGGAGGAAAUCUUUUGUGGUUUCCUUUCUGUUGUCAGACCAACUGCUACAGUCUUAUAUGUCAAUACUGUUUUUUUUUUUUAAGUUUAUUUAUUUUUGAGAGACAGACAGGGCAUGAGUGGGGGAGGGGCAGAGAGAGAGGGAGACAGAAUCUGAAGCAGGAUCCAGGCUCCGAGCCGUCAGCACAGAGCCCGGCACAGGGCUUGAACCCACGAACCGUGAGAUCAUGACCUGAACCAAAGUCAGACUCUUAACCAAGCCACCCAGGCACCUCUGUUAAUACUGUUUUCUUAAUCUUGCUCUCAAAUAACGAAGAGUCUUAACCCUUCCUUACAUUCAUUAACCAUUCUAACCCAACUAUAUUUGACUCAUAUAUAACUUCCUAUAGAUGCCAGGUUAUAUGAUGCCUUUCUCCCUUUGCUGGUACUAUGUUUUCUAACAUCCUUGAGACUGUUUAUUCAUUCUUUGCAACCCCUUGGUAAACGACAGUUGAUUAAUCCUUAAUUUGUAUCUCUGUUUUGCCUAAUGAAUAUCUCUCUUAUUGCACAUAUUUUUUUUUUUGAAUACUUGUUAUUUUAUGUCUUCCCCAUUAGACUCUAUAAUCCUUGAAGUCAGGAGCAUUUAUUCUCCUAUCUCUGGAAUCUGGCAUAAGUGCUGACACAUUGUGGGUGCUCAGUAAGUUGUGGUUUAAAACAAAAGGUACUUGACAGAUACUGAAAUAUGUGAACUUACUUGGUGAAGUAUUAUAAGAAAUGUGGUGUGUGAACUUAUUUGGUGAAGUAUUAUUAGAAAUAUGCAGUAGGUAACACAGUAUAUCUUUUUUUUUAAUGUUUGUAUUUAUUUUUGAAACAGAGAGAGACAGCAUGAGCAGAGGAGGGGCAGAGAGAGGGGGAGACACAGAAUCUGAAGCAGGCUCCAGGCUCUAAGCUGUCAGCACAGAGCCCGACGCGGGGCUCGAACUCACGGACUGUGAGAUCAUGACCUGAGCCGAAGUCGGACGCUUAACGGACUGAACCACCCACGUGCCCCAACAGUAUAUCUUAUUUAAUAGAGGUAUCAGCAUAGGGACUUCAGAGAGCCUGAGAAACUCUUGAAAUUGCAUUCUGCUUUGUGAAUAUAAAUAAUUUGUGUGUAUGUGUGUGCUUGUGGGUGUGUGUGUGUGUGCGUGUGUUUUCUGGAGGAAAGGUCCAUACCCUUAAUCAUAGUCUCCAAAGGAUCUAUGAUCCCAAAAGGAUUAGCGACUAUAUGGAUGGCAAUUAUUUUGUGUAUUUCAGCAGUAAAAACCUUUCCACUGAAUGGAAAUCAGUACAGCCUUGAUUCAAGAAAUCCACUUCUGGGAAUUCCUCCUAAGAAAAUGACCUAAAAAGCAGAGAGUUCUGUGCAAAAAUGUUUUUUUUCUCCGGGGUUGUGUAUAAAGUUAAAAAAAUGAGGACAAACCCUAGAUGUUCAACAGUAGAGAUAUGGCUUAGUGCAUGCACUUGUGGAGAUAAAAUACAAUCAUUAAAAUGAAGGGAAGAAUGAUUAAAGACAGAAUUAAGGUUUAGUGAAGAAAAACAGGGUAUUUUGCAGAUGUGUGUGCAAUUCCACCUCUGAUAUACAGUUUAGAAAAACUGUUACGUGUGUGCACCACAACCCACACAUCAAAUUCUUCACCGCAGCAUCAUUUGUUAUCGCAAAAUAAUUGGAAAUACCCCAAUUGUCUGGCAGUAGAAGAAUUGAUUGGAUUUGGAUUGUGAAGUGGGAUUGUGGUAUAUCCAAAUACUUCGAACAGAAUUUUAUGCAGUAGUCAAAAAUGAAUGAGUUAUAGCUAUAUAUAUCAAUAUGGAUGAAUCUCCAAAACAUAAUGUCAAGCAAAAAAGCAAGCCAUAGAGAAAAUAUACAAUAUAAUUUUUUUAUAUAAUGGCCAAAAAGGGAAAUAGAAUAUAUUGUUUAAAAAUACAUACAUAUAUGAGAAAACUAUAAAGAAAAACAGAAUAAUGCAAAAAUAAAGAUAACUAUGUAAGAGAGAGGGGGAUGCAGAGAUGACCUCAAAGGUACUAGUAAUGUUUAAGAAACAUGUGUGUAUAUGAGCUUUUUAUUAUUUAAAAAUUUUUUUUUAAUUUUUUUUUUAUUUUGGAGAGAGAGUGUGAGUGGGGGAGGGGCAAGAGAGAGGGAAACACAGAAUCCGAAGCAGGCUCCAGGCUUUGAACUGUCAGCACAGAACCCUAUGCGGGACUUGAACUCACGAACUGUGAGAUCAUGACCUGAGCCAAAGUCAGAUUCUUAACUGACUGAGCCACUCAGGGUCCCCAUAUUGUAUUUUUUUUACACUAUUUGCAUAUACCCACACAAGCAUACACACAUAUUCUGGUAUCCAUGUAACAUUUCAUAGUGAAAUUUUUCAAUAGGAUAUAAACUGGUGGAUACAACAUGAUUUAACUAUGUUGAAAAAAAUAGUACAGAAAAUGUUUGGAAGGAAAUACCAUAAUUUGUGAUAUCUGUACUAAAAAAAAAAAACAGUGUUACAACUGAUACCACAGAAAUACAAAAGAUUCUAAGAGAUGACUAUGAAUAAUUAUAUGCCAACAAAUUGGACAACCUAGAAGAAACAGGUAAAUUCCUAGAAACAUACAAUCUACCAAGACAGAAUCAUGAUGAAAUAGGAAAUCCGAAUAUCCCAAUUACUAGCAAGGAGAUUGAAUCAGUAAUUGAAAACUUCCCAACAAAUAGAAGUCCAGGUGAAUUCUGGCCAAGCAUUCAAAGAAGAAUUAAUACCAAUCCUUCUCAGACUCUUCCAAAAAAUAGUAGAGGGAGGAGCUCUUCCAAACACAUGUUAUGAGGCCAGUAUUACCUUGAUAUCAAAACCAGACAAGGAUGCCACAAGAAAAGAAAAUUACAGGCCAAUAUCCCUGAUGAAGAUAGAUACAAAUAUCCUCAACAAAAUAUCAGCAAACUGAAUUCAACAAUACAUUGAAAGAAUCAUACACCAUGACUGAGUGGAAUUCAUUUCAGGGAUGCAAGGAUGGUUCAACAAUUGUAUAUCAAUGGAAUAGACUAUAUUAACAAAAUGAAGUAUAAAAAUCAUAUGGUCAAUGGGAUGCCUGGCUUGCUCAUUCAGUAGAGCAUACGACUCUUGAUCUUGGGGUCAUGAGUUU